CAGGUGUCGUGCAUGCUGCCAUCAACUACUACAGAGCCAGCAUGCAGCGAGCCAGGCAACUCUACGACAUGGACUUCCAGGUUCCGGUGCUGCUGAUAUGGGGGUGCCAGGACGAGGCGCUGAGCGAGGCCAUCGCUGACGAGACGGAGAAACAGAACCCGAAGAUAACGGUCAAGCGUAUCGCGGAGGCUGGGCAUUUUGUGCACAUGGACACGCCGGAGCGAGUGAUUGAAAUAAUGAGGGAAUGGUUGGGUGGAUAGGUGGGUUUCAAUUUGUUGAAAUAAUGAGGGAAUGGUUGGUGGUUAGGUGAGUUUCAUGUUGUUGAAAUAAUGAGGGAAUGGUUGGUGGUUAUGUGGGUUUCAAGUUGUUGAAAUAAUGAGGGAAUGGUUGGGUGGCUAGGUGGGUUUCAAGUUGUUGAAAUGAUGAGGGAAUGGUUGGGUGGAUAGGUGGGGUUUCAAGUUGUUGAAAUAAUGAGGGAAUGGUUGGGUGGAUAGGUGGGGUUUCAAGUUGUUGAAAUGAUGAGGGAAUGGUUGGGUGGAUAGGUGGAUUUCAAGUUGUUGAAAUAAUGAGGGAAUGGUUGGGUGGAUAGGUGGGGUUUCAAGUUGUUGAAAUAAUGAGGGAAUGGUUGGGUGGUUAGGUGGGUUUCAAGUUGAGGAAAUAUAUAUUUAAAAAAAAUACUUUCAUUUUUCAAUUUUAAAACAAUUGCAUUACUUUCACACACCGUUUCGGUGGAUACAAAGAGUAAACGGUAAAAGGUGGAGGGGGCUUAUGAUUUUACCCUUCUCAGAGUCUAUAUGCUCUUUUGAGGAAUUGGUUUUCAUUAUGUUCAUAUUUAUAAGAGGAAGA